AACGCUCGCCAUCUCUCCAUUAACCAUGCCAGGCAAAACCAUUCACACUGACACUGAGGUCUAUGACUUUGUCCUCGUCGGAGCCGGAUCAGCUUCUUGCUUAAUCGCGUCACGUCUCUCGCAACAGCUGCCUGAUCACCGGAUUCUUGUUCUCGAAGCUGGAGAACAUAUUCGCAAUGACCCUAAAGUGCAGACACCCGGUCUAGCCACGAGGCUACUCUCGGAUCCCGCUUACGAUUGGCGAUAUUCUUCUGCGCCGGAGCCGGGGUUGAAUAACAGGAAGGUUGACCAUCCCAGGGGAAAACUGGUUGGCGGUAGCAGUGCCAUUAAUAGCCACAGUGUCGUGUUUCCCAAUCAUGAGUGGCAUGAUCGUGUGGCGGAGGAACUUCUAUCAGAUGCGGGGAGAGAGGAGUGGGGCUCAAGGGGCAUGAGCGAUUGCUACAGACGGUGGCAGGCAGAACAGUCCGGUCCAAAAGUGGAUGAUGAUGGAGUAUCCCUGGAUCGUGUGCAAACGUCAUACCCGCGUACGUGGGACCUGCUUCAAAACCGGUGGGUGGAAGCUUUUGAGGAGCUUGGCUGUCCGACGAGGGCUACAGGGUUUACUGAGAGCUCUGCUGGAGCAAUCAACGUCACAAAUGCGAUCGAUUCCUCAAAAGGCGAACGGAGCCACGCAGGUACAGCAUAUCUAGAACCCGCCUUGAAACGUGGCAAUGUUACAUUGAAGACUGGUGCAAAGGUCGAUAAGAUUACAUUUGAUGAGGCACUGGCCGCUGAUGGAAAACUCAGUGCCAGAGGCGUCCUCUACACAUACAAGGGGGAAGAGCAUUUUGUCAGUGGACGAGAAAUCAUCCUCGGCGCAGGCACAUUUGAGUCCCCUCUGAUCCUAGAACGAUCAGGCAUCGGAUCCAAAAAGAUUCUUGCAGACGCCAGUAUCCCGGUUCUGUACGAGCUUCCUGGAGUUGGCGAGAACUUGCAGGAUCACCUGAACUGCGGCUUGUCAUGCGAAACUCAAGACGAUAUCCCUACUCGUGACGAAAUAAUGCGAAACCCCGAAUUGCAAAAGGCCGCGUUGUUGGAGUACGAAAAAAGCCAUACUGGCCGGGUGUCUGAAGGGGCCGCAUAUAGUUUUGCCUUUACACCACUACAGAUGCUGGAAACUCCAUCAGAGACACAGGAGCUUAUCGAUAUAGUCGAGCACUGGGUGAAAAACGAGAGUAACCCGAGCCUGAAGACCCAGUACUCUAUCAUUCAGAAGACGAUCGAAAGUCCCAAAGAAGCAACCGCCACCUCAUUCAUGCUACGUACACAACGCCAUAAAGAUGCCGAUUCACUUCCCAAAGGUACACCGUCUGUUGUGGAUGGCAAUUACAUAACUGUUGUCGCAAUGUUGGCCCACCCCUUUUCUCGUGGAAGCUGUCAUAUCUCGCCUGGUUCUUCAGAUCAGCCCGAGAUAAAAUUCAGCUACCUUGCUCACCCCCUUGAUACGGAAAUACUAGCUCGCCACUUGCGUCUCAUCGAAAGGCUCUUCCAGAAGCCUACCUUUGCUGCCAUGACAAAGCCGGACGGAAGACGAUUGCCUCGAAGCUUCCCCCAUCCGGUUACAUCACUCGAAGACGCGAAAGAAAUCCUCCCAAUCAACUCCGCGACGAACUACCAUCCAUGUGGUACUUGCUCUAUGAUGAGGGAAGAUAUAGGUGGCGUAGUUGACGAGCAGCUGGCUGUAUACGGAACGAAGAAUGUGAGGAUUUGCGAUGCGAGUGUCUUGCCAAUCAUCCCACGGGGGAAUAUUCUGACUGCUGUCUACGCUUUCGCCGAGAAGGCAGCCGAGAUAAUUGUUAGAGAGACGAAAUCUGGUCUGCUUUCACGCCAAGGCAUAUGAUCUUGACUUCGUCAUUUUGUCACUACUAUGGCACUAGAUGGAACUCAGGCGACUACUACGUAGGUAGCACAAAAUAUGCAAUAUAACUGGCUUUAAUGACCCUCACUACUA